AUGGCAUCGACAAGUCAACCGCAUUCUGGCUUCCCCGCGCGUCCCUACAAUAAUCUUCGCAACCCCCCCUCAACUACUUUUGGCUCGGUUGUUGGUUCACAAUCACAACCAGCUCUAGCUUUAAGACAGAAAUCCCAAUUGGACCGCGACCGUGGGUUACCGAAGGAUAGUCAAGUGCAGGCUCAGCCUGGCGCGCCGGGAACUGCUCCAAUGAAUAUCUUAAGUGAUGAACAGAGGGAGGAGAUCAACGAAGCUUUUGUACUCUUCGACAACGACAAGGACCAAAGGAUCGACUACCACGAAUUCAAAGUCGCUCUCAAAGCCCUCGGCUUCGACCUCCCCAAACCCGAAAUUCUCAGUCUCCUAACCACACACGGUAUUCCUCCCGACGCCCGCCCCGGCGCACGCGAUCACAAUAUUUCUCCUGGGCGUCUACUCCUCACUCUCCCCUCCUUCCAAUCCAUCGCCGGUAACUUAAUAGCGCAACGCGAUCCGCGCGACGAAAUACUAAGGGCUUUCGCCUUAUUCGACACAGAUGACAAGGGCAUGAUAUCAUUAGAGGAUUUGAGGAGAGUAGCGCAUGAACUGGGAGAGGGGCUAGAGGAAGAUGAGCUGCGGGCUAUGAUCGAGGAGUUUGAUUUAGAAGGGAAAGGCGGAGUGGGGAGGGAAGAAUUUAUCCAGAUAUGCAUGGGAUAA